AUGUUCCGAUACCAAGUCCGACUCGUUCAACGCAUCUAUCGCUCACUUCGAGCUACCCUUCGCUUCGACUAUAGUUCUACCGAGCCCACCUGGUCCGUAUGGUCGAAGAUCCCAAUGGACGCCGUCUUUCAAGUAAGCAGAGCAACCAACAAAGUCGAUUCUUAUCAAGAAAUACCGAACACACGUUACAAGCAUCAAACGGCAAGAGUGGCAGGUCUUGUGCUCCCUCGGCGAUUGAGGACGAGAUGUGCUUUGGAACUGCGGCGGGACGAAAUCGUGACCGAUGCGACCACUAAGAUCGGAACACAAGGAGGACGCAGAUUGGCUCCAGGACCUGCCAUUUAGCGUGACUUGACUUCACGCUACCAACGAACUUUGUAUCGAAGCUCGCAAGAAGAAGGAUGGGCAUGAGUCAUGCUCGGCGGACCAUAUGACAACAUCUUAUGACCUCGGCUUGAUCAGUAUCGGCAUCGGUAUCGAUCGCCAUCCUUCCCUGCACUUCUUCCAUGGGCAUCCUCGGUAUCUUGAUAUUCCAUCGAUCUUCAACUUAGGACUUAUUCCACCAUUCAGGAUGUGCUCUGACGGAUACGAGCGCAACACAACGGUCCUCAAGAAGGGUGGCUCGAGACUCGUUGGCAGCUCCGAUUGGCCUCGCCGAAUCCGCGAUCUCAGUUGA